ACGGGCCGCCAGAGCGCCGGACCAGCUUCCGGCCUCCUGCGCCGCGUGCGCGCCGCGGCUUCCGGCCGGCUGUGGGCCUCCACAGGGGACAUGGGGAAAGCGAGGGCGCUGCGGGCGCGGGUGCACCAGGUUGCCGUGAGGCCCGCGGGCGAGGCCGCGCCGGGCCCCGCGCCCCCCGCCCGCGAGGCGGCCCCUCUGCAGACCUCGGCUGGCGGAGUCGGAGGGAAGGAGUGGGCUUUCAUGAAGGCCGAUGUCUUUGCCGGGACCACGAUAGACCCCAGUGCCUUGGUGCAGAAGCUGGAUGUGGACGCGAGGAGCAUCACCUCCAUCAGGAGAGGUGCCGAGGCCAAGGCUGUUUUGCCCAAGAAGGAGAAGCUGAAGCUGAGGCGCGAGAGGUGGCUGCAGAAGAUUGAAGCCAUACAGCUGGCGGAGCUGCGGCGCAAGGCAGAGCAGAGGCGGAGGGCCACGGUGGUGGUGGGGGACCUGCAGCCCCUGAGGGACGCGCUCCCCGAGCUGCUGGAGCUGGAGGCUGGCGGCCGGCGGCCCCCUGCUCGGCGGGCGGCCAGCAGGCCCCGGCCAGCCGCGCUGAGCCGCAUGAGUGCCGCGCAGAGGCUCCAGCUCCUCGAGGAGGAGAGGACGCGGUUUCGGGAGCUGCUGGCCAGUCCGGCCUACAGAGCCAGCCCCCUGCAGGCCGUCGGGCGGCAGCUGGUGCAGCGGAUGCAGCUGGAGGGCGGCGGGCAGCCCUGACCCGGCGCGGGGCCGGCUCAGCUCCGGGGACACCCACGAGGAGGUGCCUGCGGUCCUCGCCCUGCUCCACCAGCCCCUGAGCCAGGGGGCUGCCGGCCUCGCGCAGACGGGGCUCCCUGAGCGACAGUCGGCACGGUGGUGUUGUGACGGCACAUUUAUUUUUGUAAUAAAAGUGCUGGAAAAACCCAGGGUGUCCGUGGAGUCUGGUGCCGCCACUCAGCUGGCCUUCCUCACACUUUGCUGUUUUGUCUGAGUUUGUCAGCAGUGACUGCACAUGGCGUGUUACUUUCAGAGAAGAACCUUCUAGCUUCCUGGUCCCCCAGCAGCUCCAGCCUGGCCCUGGCUGGGCGCGGCUCUGCCGCCAUCUCGCGGUGCCUCUGUCAGGGCCUCCGACCUCUGCCCAGGACCUUCCCCUGGGUGAUGCGGGGUGGGGGGGAAGCGGAGGGGAGAUGGAGGUGCGGUGCCAGCCCGGCGCUGCCGUCUACUGCGACGGGCUCAGCCCUCUCCCUGGAGACUGGCCUGAGGAGCCGCACACGUGUGGGGGUGCCUUCCUCCCCCCAGCAGAGAGCCCUGACGUCAGAUGGGCGCAGGUGGGGGUGGGAGAGACCCCGCCCCCUGGGAGCCUGCUGGCUGUGGUCUGUGAGCCAGAGGGACUUCCGUGUUUUUUAACCUUUGUAGAACGAACGUGGACUAUUUGGUAAUAAAAUUAAGUGACAAACAG